AUGGUAACAGAACGUAAUGGUAUACACAUGUUUACAGCAAAACUUGCUGUUGCUAUUAAUGCAGUUUUACAAGCCAAAGAAUUUACUAAGGAUUUAAGCGUUGAAUCAGGAAAGAAGUUCGUAGAUGUUUUUGUGAUUCUUUUUACUAUAUCAAAUUCUUAUAUUCUGAUCAGGAAAUUUUCUUCAACAGAAGAAACGAAAAUCCAAAUGGCCAAUAUUUCUUCGGUACUAGAAGCAUCAUUUCGUGAAUCGGUUGAAGCAGAACAUUCAUCUCAUUGGGAUGCUGCAAAAAUAGUUUCACUACUUGUUUUUACUAAAUCAUGGAUAGUCAAUGCAAAUAUUGAUCAUGCUUCUGAAGCUCUCUUAGUUCAAGAAGCUGGUGGUAUGGUUUCAGACAUUUAUUCAAAACCAUUAGAUUUUCUUUAG